AUGUUGUCAUAUGAUUCCACGUUACUUCAGCGUCCAAGUCUUUAAGCGUUCAGCGACGAACCGGUAAAUCUCGACUGUGAGAGAAAACUUCACUGAUCUUUGUGGACAGAAUUUUUCGCCAUCGCUGGCAUAAAGUGUUAGCUCUAACCCUGUGAAAAUAUGCAAGAGCACAAGUUUUCGACGUUCUUCGAGCCUUUCAAAAUCAAAUCUGUUGAGAAACUCAAGCAAACAACGCGAGACGAACGAAUCAAGCAUCUGAAACAAGCCAACUACAAUUUGUAUCUCUUGGACUCGGAGAACAUCAUGAUUGACCUGCUGACCGAUUCAGGGACUGGGGCGAUGAGUUCUGAACAGUGGGCAGCGGUAAUGCUUGGAGACGAGUCGUACGCAGGCUCCCCGAGUUACAUAAAGUUUGAAAAGGUCGUCAAGGAGAUCUUUGGCUAUCGUCACGUGAUCCCCACGCAUCAAGGGCGCGCUGCUGAGCGCAUUCUCUUCCGGUGCACAAUAAAGGAAGGAGAUAUCGUUCCUAACAACGCACACUUUGCGACUACUUUGGCCAACAUCGAAGCGCAGGGGGGGCACGCGAUCAAUUUUUUGACACCCGAAGCUAUGGAGCCGAGUACAGAUAUGCCAUUUAAGGGUAACAUGAAUAUAGGAAUGCUAGAAGAAAAGGUCGCUAAGAGUAAGGCCAGAAUCCCACUUGUUAUGAUCACCAUAACCAAUAACAUGGUUGGAGGUGAGCCUGUUAGCAUGGAGAAUAUCAAGGCGGUCUCAAAACUAUGUCGAGCUCAUGGUAUUCCGCUGUUCUUCGAUGCCUGUCGUUUCGCUGAGAACGCUUGGUUCAUCAAGAUCAAAGAAGAAGGCUAUGCCAAUCGCACACCCAAAGAAAUCGCGCAUGAAAUCUUCUCAUACGGCGAUGGUUGCACUAUGUCCGCAAAGAAAGACGGCCUCGCAAACAUUGGGGGAUUUUUGGCAAUGAACGACUCGGAACUCGCCGCACAAUGCCGGAAAGAGCUCUUGAUAACCGAAGGGUUUACGACGUACGGUGGACUCGCCGGUCGCGAUCUCGAAGCAAUUGCCGUGGGAUUAAACGAGGUCUUAGAAGAGGACUACUUGCGUUAUCAAGUUGGCUUCGUGAAGUUUUUGGGGGACUUACUCGUAGAGAACCAUGUUCCGAUUGUCACGCCCCCAGGAGGUCACGCGGUGUAUAUCGACGCAGGUGCAAUGCUGCCUCACAUCCCCAGGGAACAAUUUCCCGCGUGGGCCCUCGGGUGCGCCCUUUAUGUCGAGGGAGGUAUCCGAGGGGCUGAAGUUGGCGGGGUGAUGCUGGGAACGGCCAAAAAUGGCAAGGAGUCUUCCGCAGUGAGUGAGAAUACAGAGGAUGAAGUAAACACUGAUGAAGAAGAUGAUGAGGUUUUUGAAACUGAAGUGGAGGAGCAUGAAGAGCUGUUCCGUCUGGCCAUUCCUCGCCGCACCUACACUGAGUCUCAUAUCAGAUAUGUUGCAGAGGUCUGCGCCCAUAUUUACAGGAACCGCUCUAAGGUUUGCGGCUAUACCAUUGCGUGGGAACCACCCUGGUUGCGUCAUUUCACCGCUCAUCUGGAACCCAUUCCACCGCCGUCAGAGGCUUCUGAGGAAACAGAUAAAGUGCGCCGUCCGUCAGCCGUAAAGGUGUCCAGUGGUCAAGUGUUGAGGAGACGAAAAAAUUCAUCAAUGCAGUUUAGUUAAUAUGAUUUGAGACCCAGUAAUUAACUAAUUCCGAUGGAUUUUGAUGUUAUGACGUACGCGAUUUGAUUUUAGGGGAAUAGUAAUGGCUGCGAGGGAAUUUGGUUCUAUUUUACUGGGUAUGUGCCGCUGACCUCUCAGAUCCCCUGCCCCAUUAUAGUCUAUACUGUGGCAGGGGUGCUUGGGUCUAUUUUACUGGGUAUGUACCGCUGGUAUCUCAGAUCCCCUGCCCCACCAUAGUCUAUACUGUGGCCAAUUGUAGACGUAAAGCCUACUUACCCCCAAAAUCCCAAAAAUAUGCCACCCGAUUCUUGUAACUCUAACAAAAUUCAACCCCAUUACAGUCAAUUUAGUCGUAAAAAUGCGACUCUAUCUAUCGGCACAUCCCUAUUAGCCUAUUUCUUGGAAGUGCCCUCAUCGGAUGAUGGAAACUCCCUAGAAACAAGCCUUGCUUGCUGCGCAGGCAUAAUACCUUUCAGUCACCCGAUGUAAAGAAUUUUGAAUCUGUUUUAAAUAAAAUUCUUACUAAAAAUUUUUAAUCGUAAUAAGAUUGUUUAAUAGGUUACGCAAACUUGUUGCAGUUUACACUAUGAUAAAGAAAAGAGGAAACAUUUAUAGAUAAGAAAGUCUAAGAACGACGUAUUUGAAGAAAUUUAUUUACUUGU